AUGGGCGAGGAUGCUCAAAUUGACGAAGCUGAUGAGGGUUAUGGCCUUUCACCGAUAUUAGAUGGUUCUGAAAGAUCUGAAGAACCAGAAGGGAUAAUCUGCUCAAUCGAUGGGUCCUACGCUCCAGUGAAGCAGACCCGCCGUUACGCACUAGAUGAGCUACAACCUUGUUUUGAAGAGACGUUGGACCACCAGAGGACUACACGAUCAGCGAUGUCCAGGGAAUCCUUCAUGUUCCAAUCAGGAGUAGUUUUGGAUGAAAGCCGGCCUAUUUUUGCGAAUGUUUCGCGAAGGUCGCAGCUUGUUGUUCGGCAAAACGGCUCGACAAUUCGCCUUCCUCAACCGCUGGACACCCCACCAAAACAGGAGAAAGUGCAAGUGAAUCGAUCGAUGAACCGUACACGACCGUCAAGUGCGAAACGUCGUGAAAUCAGCCCUAUUCGAGUUGUUAGCCAUGAUGGGUCGGAGACGGUUGCGACACGAAAUUCUCAGGUUUACGAUCCACUCCGCAAGAUUUCCAAUGAAACACACGAAUUGCAUGACCCGGAGUUCAGCGCAGAGCUUAAGAAUCAGGAGAGGAAGCUCAUGGAUGGCCUGAAAGCUAUAAUGCAGUUCUGUGAAAAGCAAAGAAGACCAGUUUCUAAAGUUUCUGCGACCGGCACCAUGGUCACAGCGUUCACAAGAAGUGGCAGUGUGAGUAGCGUUUCGACAGGACGAGAUGGUCUAACCAAGGAGAUUCGAAACCUGCAGGAAGCCUUUGCUGGUAUUGAUUUUGCGAGCCGUGCAGCAGCGGGUCGGGAUUGCGACGAAAGUAUCGCUGAUUCGUUUGCUCUGGACGAUGAAAUAAUAACCAUCGAACGACCACCGACAGGGUCUCGUGGAUCGUCAGCGGUUGAAGAAGCUCGACUAAGUUCUGCCCAUACUCUUGCGGAUAAUGCAAUCCGUGAUGCGGAUAUAUGUUCGAGGACAUUGCGAUCAGGAGUUCUCAAUCGCAUCGCCGUGAGGGAAAAAGGCACAAACACUCAGGGAGGCGAAAAGGUAUGCAUCAAACAUCACAUAAUUACACAUCGCGUGAAGACUGUUCCGGACCACCAUAAAGAGCAUCGAAGGCAUAGCACUUCGCUUGCCUCCGCUAGCCACAAACCGAACUUCCAACCCUUCAAGUUGGAUAGCCGACCAGUUUUGCUUGAUGUUGACUCGAUUCCUCACCUCAAGUGGACAGAUACACGCAAUUCCAUGUUCGACGGGGCUGAGGUGCGAGCUGCUAUCCAUGGCGAUGAACAUGCAACCCACACUCAUCGCAGAGUUGGUGGAGGGAAGCGAGGCAGGCUGGUUGUCAUAGGAAGAGGGUUACAUGGUCGUGGUAGGACCCGUUUUCGACCCACAACAUCGCAUCACGUGACACCAAGAAUAGCUGAGGAAAUGCCAAUAGCCGACAAGAAGACCCCUGUUGCGGAACGUCAUGACGCGGCCACAGAGACGGAAGAACACGCUGUGCAGACAGAAUUGGACUCGGCCACUCGAGAAUUUGUUACAAAAGACGAGGUCGACGAUGAGGAUGUAGUGGUUGAUUCAACUCCUGAAGUGGAGAAGAAACUUUGUCAUAAGAUUAACAGAGUUCCCAAGAAAAUGCCUUUUGUGGGAUCCGGGCAAAAGGGCGAUAGCACUUUUUCUAUAGCUGGGAAUCAACAACAAGUCAUGAAGAUAAUCGGCACAAGGUUCCAGGAAUGGCUCCCCGUAGUUCGGAGUAUAAUCUACGAUGCUCGCUGCAAAGACUACGCAAAAGCUCUCCAAAGAGAUCUAGCCAGGCAAAAACGUUCCCAUGCGGAGCAGCUACGUAUAUUGGAAAUGGAUCUGGAAGACUGCCGAAAUGAUUCCGAAAGGCGAGAAAUAUAUGCAGACGUUAUUCGCCUCAAGCAGCAGUGGACUAGCAAGCACGAUCGUGUGCUGGCUCGUCUAAAUGAGCACAUAUCGAAAGGUGGUGUCUGGUCAAAGGUGCAACAACUGAGAACAAUUUACGCUGCUCUUCUUGUAUGA